AUGGCUAAUAUAUCUUUUAAAACAAUACCUCUUUCAAAUUCAACAACAGCAGCUCGUCUUGGUGAAUUAGCAUUUUCAACAAUACCAAAAAUAAUUGAAACACCAGCAGCUAUGCUCUAUGUACGUUCCGGUGUUGUACCUGAUGUAACAUAUGAUCUUAUACCUGAUAAUGUAACUCGUUUACUAGAAAUUCCACUUGGUAGUUUAGUUGAAUCAAUGAAAAAUUUUGAAAAUAUGGGAUCAUAUGGAAAUUUCGCUCAAAUUAAACAUCCAAUCUAUUGUCCAUUUCAUGAUUCUCUAGUUGAAUUACGUCCAGGUGGUAAUGGAAAUCUUUAUGCAAGUGUAUGGGCAAAAUCUGGCCGACAAGAAUUAAAUAUAGAUCGAUUUAAAAAAUUAAUUCAACUUGUUCAACCAACAAUAUAUGAACCAAUGUUUGAUGGUGAUACACCAAUAAAUAAAACAACAGAUAAACGUUACACUAAAGAUCGUGAAAGAAGUCGACGUUUUUUAGAAAAUUCAUUAGAUGCUCAAAAUAUAUCAUCAAAUAUAAUUAUGCCACUUGUUGGUGGACAUGAUAAACGUCAAAGACAAUUAUAUUUAAAUGAUAUUCUACGUCAUAUAUCAAAUAAUGAAAAAAAAAUAUUUGGUAUUAGUUUUGAAGGUUUUCAUGCUUAUGGUCCAUCAACAGAAACUAUGGAUAUUAAUUCAUUGAAAUCAUUUAUUGAAGAAACAAAAACAAAAUUAAUUGAUUAUAAAAAUCUUCUAUUUACUAUGCCACUUCUUUGGCGACCAGAUAAUGUUAUACAUGCAAUUGAUUUAGGUUUUGAUCUUUUUUCUGGUGCAUAUGUUGCUUAUGUUUCUGAUCGUUUUAUAAUAUUAACAUUUCAAUAUAAUGAUAAAAUGUCUUCGAAUAAAAUUGGUACAGAAUAUAAUAUUAAUUCAAAAGAAUAUGUUAAUGGUAAACAAUCUCUUUUGUCUGAUUGUAAUUGUUAUUCUUGUAAAAAUUAUACACAAGCAUAUAUAUAUCAUCUUAUACAAACAAAAGAAUUACUUGGUCGAACAUUAAUUACAAUUCAUAAUUUAUAUCAUUAUCAUGCUUUUUUUGAACAAAUUCGAGAAAGUUUAAAAACAAAUACAUGGAAUGAAUAUCGAUUAAUGAUACUUAAACAAUAUUCAAUUGAAGAAGAACAAGAAAAAAAUUAUAAUGGUAUCGAACAUUCCAAUAAAAUUAUAAAUAAGCAUUCAAAAACGUCAACAAAUCAUGUUUCACCUAUCGCUAAUUUUCAACAAUCAUCUGAACAAAAAGUUCUUCCAGUUUUUCCUUGGUUUGCUAUUGAUAUUGGUGGAACAUUAGUUAAACUUGUUUAUUUUGAACCACUUGAUUUAACCCCAGAUGAAAUUCGUACAGAAGGUGAAAUUUUAAUGAAUAUUCGUCAUUAUUUAACAUCAAAUCGUGCAUAUGGUGAAGACGGUUUUCGUGAUGAUACUCUUGAAUUAACUAAUAUAGAAUUAGGUGGUCGUCGUGGAAAUCUUCAUUUUAUUCGAUUUCCAACAGCUAGAAUGCCAAAUUUUAUUGAUUUAUGUAUCAUGAAAAAUUUACAUACACUUACUUUUGAAGUUUUUGCAACAGGUGGUGGUGCUUAUAAAUUUGAAAACGAUGCAGUUAAUAAAUUAAAGUUACGUUGGUGUAAAUGUGAUGAACUUGAUACAUUAAUAAAAGGUUUAAGUUAUUUAAGUAAACUUAAUCCAAAUGAAUGUUUUUAUUAUGAAGAACCACAAAAUGCUGCUAAUCCAAAUAAACAUACAUUUGAAUUUGAUAUUAAAAAUCCAUUUCUUUUGGUUAAUAUUGGUAGCGGAAUUAGUAUAUUGCAUGUUGAAUCAGAAACUAAUUAUCGACGUAUAACUGGUACAAGUAUAGGCGGUGGUACGUUUUUAGGUUUAUGUUGUUUGUUAACGGGUUGUUCAAGUUAUGAUGAAGCUAUUAAAUUAGCGACUGAAGGUGAUAGUACUAAGGUUGAUAAAUUAGUCAGAGAUAUUUAUGGUGGUGAUUAUGAACGAUUUGGUUUACCUGGCCAUAUUGUAGCAAGCAGUUUUGGUCAUAUGAAUUUACCAGAGAAACGUGAACAAGCAACAAAAUCUGAUUUAGCUCGAGCAACAUUAGUAACCGUUCUAAAUAAUAUUGGUUCGAUUUCCAUGAUGUGUGCACGAACAGAAAAUGUUGAUAGAAUAUUAUUUAGUGGCAGUUUUUUACGUAUUAAUGAUUUAUCAAUGCGUAUAUUAGCUUAUGCUAUGGAUUAUUGGUCGCGUGGAAAAAUAAAAGCUAUAUUUCUUGAACAUGAGGGAUACUUUAGUGCUGUCGGUUGUUUGAGAGAAUUCAUAAUGGAUAACAAUGAUCUCAUUAAUACUUCUCAACAUUGA